GUGCUUCCCACGCACAUGAUUUUACCUGUGUAAGUUGCCUUGAAAGAUCUCCUGCCUAGAAAUACUUUAAAUCAGAAUUAAAGGUCAUCCUGGUUGGGGAUUAUGGGAGUUCAUGGCCAAUACAUCUGAAAGGCAUACAGCAUUACUUGCUUCUGAGUAAAUAUGCCUAGGAUAUGCUAUUAGUGGUCUUCCUUGACUAAAUUGUUGAAAGUGGACAAUCCUUAGGGUAUUGAAAUAGGAUGACGCCUAUUGCAAUAAUGACAGCGUAUUUAACGAAGUGCAUUUUCUGCAUCCAGGGCCAAGCUUAAGAAGCUGUUUUUCCAUCACGUUGUUUUUUUAGUUUUAAACAGAAGAUAACUAAUAUGAAUUCAUUUUCUGUUGGGCAAGAAGAUCUGACCUGGGUAAUGGAACUACUGAACAAAUGGAUGUCUCCAAAUAUUUACCUAAACAGUUUCACAGACUACUCAGCGUACCUUUUCUGGGUGUUGGUACCAUUCCUACUUCUCUUUUCCCCUGUUGUAAUGAUUCUUGGCUUUAUUUAUCUUUCUAAUCUUCUGUUGCAUAUUUACAAGAGAAAGCUUAACUUAAAGGAAGAUUAUCUCAGUAAAUCAUGGGACAAUGGACGGAGGGCUGUGGCUCAUCUUUGGGACAUGUAUGGUACAGUGUGGCAUGGUUAUGAGGUGCACGGGAUGGAUAAAGUACCAGAAGGACCAGGGCUUAUCGUAUUUUACCAUGGAGCCUUUCCUCUAGACUAUCAGUACUUUGUAUCUAGAUUAUAUUUAAGAACCGGCAGAUUUUGCUGCUCAGUGGUUGAUUAUCAUUUUUCCAAAAUACCAGGUAUAAAACUGUUUUAUAACGUGGAGGGCCUUACACAUAAUGGAAGAACAGAAUGCACUGAAAUUCUGAAAAGGGGAUACUUAUUAGGAGUUUUACCAGGUGGAGCCCGAGAAGCACUCUUUAGUGAUGAGAACUAUGACUUUUUAUGGGGUAGCCGCACAGGCUUUGCUCAUGUGGCUAGAGAUGCAAAAGUGCCUGUCAUUCCUAUAUUUACAAAAAAUCUACGGGAAGGAUACAGAACACUUGGGAAAAUAUGGCCAUUCAAAUGGUUGUAUGAACGUACCCGAUGGCCGAUUGUUCCUGUUUAUGGUGGAUUCCCUGUGAAAUUUUGUUCAUACGUAGGAGAUCCCAUUCCUUAUGAUCCAAAUAUAUCAGCUGAAGAAUUAGCUGAAAAGAUCAAAAGUGCAAUAAAAGGUCUCAGAGAUAAACACCAAGAAAUACCAGGUAGCAUACAAAGAGCGCUAUUGGAGCGAUUUGAGAAACACCCAGAGAAAUAAUGGUAUACUACUUGUGAAAAUGUAGACAUCC